AAAAAAACAGUCAGUCGCCAUAUUGUUUUGUAGCGAUCGUAGUCCGUGCUGGGGUGUAAACAAAUUUACCAAGUUUUAGUUAUUUUCAGUUCGUUCCAAUGGUUAUCAUAAGUCCCGUAUAAUCGUGGACUUAUAGACAUGAAAAAACUGGAAGUGCCAUAACCUACAACUUUAUUAUCUGGACGUUAACAUGUUAGAAUCACGAUUUGUGUUUUUGUUUUUAGUUGUUUAUUCAUCUCAAUAUGUUUCUGCUUCGGGGCCGCUGUGUGUUAACCAGACACAGAAGUGUACAACUCAGGUUCUUAGUCAAAGAAACAAUGACUACGCCUCCUGCACCGUAGAGUACUUCAACCGAGAGGGCUGCAACAGCAUGAGCUUCGGUCCGAUCACAUCCAACGCCCACAUCGGUGGAGUGAUGCUGAAGCCGCACAUAUUGAGGAGAGAGAUCAAACAGGGGUUGCUGAACUACAAUCAAAGCUACACUGUGCUUAAUAUUACGUUCAGCAAUAUUAAAUGGAAGACAAUCAAAUUCCGUUUUGAAGAGCAAAGCAAGAAACCAUUUAAACAGACCCACUGCAGAAACAUAGUGCUGUCAAACGAAGCCCACAUAGACGACCAGUCGGUGCUCUACUAUGACUGCUACUGGCCUGACAGUCUCGACAGUGUUGGGCGCUCACAUAUACUGGACUUUGAGGCUUCGGACGACAAUGUGGUCAACCGCGGACAGUAUUACUUCAAUGUUCCGUCGGCGCAAAUGCUGAGCAACACCGUGGAUGCAUCGAACUGGAAACCAUUUGUUUACCUCGAGAUACUCUCCGGCAAAAUCCGCCUCCACAUAAUGGCGCCACCGAACCAAGUGAAGAUCUCCUCCUACCGCAUUCAGGUCCUCAAUGAAUGCAAUGGAAGGGAGCAUGACAUAGUGAAAAGCCAAGUGUUACAGCUACAGAAUUACACCGAUGAAUUGACCUAUGAUUAUAGUUUGUUGGGGACCCCGGGGUCUUACUACUUUGUAGUGACCCCGCAACAUGAUGCGUGCAAGGAUGGAGUGAGGAAGUGCCAGGUGGUAGAGAGUCCCAGGUUCAAAAUCAGCAACAACGUACAAAGCUUCAAUAUCUGCAUAGCCAGCAUCUCAGCCCUGAUCGUGGCAACUCUGUUCGCCUAUUACAUAGUGCUGCGGGUGCUUCGCCGCUAUUGGUGCAGAGACUACAGGCUUGCUAUGGCUCAAGAAAUACCAGCUCCAACGAAAGUAGUAGUGAUCUACUCGCCGGCCAACCGUCUCCACGCUGAAUGCGUGUCCUCCUUCGUGACCUACCUCCGCGCAGAGUUCGGCUUCGAGAUCAUGUACGACGGCGACAUCUCCUCCACCUCCGACCAGGACCCUUACAUCUGGGCCGCUGAGGCCUUCAAAAUAUCCACGCAUGUCAUGUACAUCGUCGGCCCCGCGGACCUCACAAACCAAUACAACAACAUCUACGAGAAACCCAUCCUCAGCGCUCAUAAAAACUUGGACACCCUCCAACUUUCACUGCUCAAAGCGAACAGAGGAUCUAAAAACCAGAAAGCUGUCAUCAAUGUGAUUUUUGAGUACUCUAACGGACCUAUACCGAUGGAAACUAAGCAUGGGAAGACAUUCUAUCUACUAAAGGAAUGGAACAAGCUGAUUUCUUAUUUGUCAAAGAAUUUGCUGCCAAAGAAACAGCUGGUGCGAACGGAGAAAGGCAGGUGUUUGCUAGAGGAUCUGACCAAGGCUAAGAAAUUGUUGAAUAGCAGUAAUUUUAAUGUGUAAAUUGUUGGUUACGGGACGAAAUUAGGAAAGAUAUGGGAUGUAAAUCAGAAGAUAUAGGAUACAGGUAUGUGCAAUGAAGAUUUAGGUUAACAUAUAUCGCGCGUUAGCUGUAGUUGUGGUUGGAACCAAGAACUAUAGCCAUCAUGGGACACUAAGUAUUUCAUAGGUGACAAAAAAAAUAAGUAGCAAAAAGGCUAUUAUGGCUAAGGUUCCUGAUUUUGACUAGAACUGAAUCGUGUAAUAAAGAUGUUAUAUCGUUAGGAUCAGUGGUUUAGAUGUGGAAUUCGAUUCUCAGGCAGGCCUGAAGAAAAAAGCAUUGGUUUUUCAAUAUUAUUAUAAAAACUUAGUUUUUCGUGCUGGCAAUGUAAUCAGUAUUAGUUACAAUUAUAUUGUUCGUUGCCAUAGUCUCUAGGGUCACGAAAGUAAACAUAUGUAUUAAAUUAAUAAUAAAUACUAAUCUAGCACGAAUAACUUUGUUUUCAGUAUCUUGUUUGUACUAAGGUGAGAUGAGAAGUUAUUGAAUGGUUCAAGGAAAAAAUGAUAUUUAUCGUAUUUUGUGUCUAACUGUAUUGAUGUUAUGAACAUUUUCCAUUCGGUAUUGGGGCACUAGUAUUUGGCAUAAUACAUAUCACUAUCACUACUAAGCACUCACUUUUUACCGUUAGGCAAAUUUAAAUAAUAAUGUGGUAACUUCAUAUCAUAUUAAUAUUUAAUUUUACUGAAAUAUAUUUAAUGGACGAAGUUAAAGUUACAAUUGCAGUUGUUAAUCCAUUAAUGCUUAUGCUUUUAGAAAUAAAAAUCAUUAAUAUCACCUGCGCUCCAAUACCCAAAAAAAGAGAGAAAAGUAUGUGUUACAAACAAUAUUGUUGUUUAUAAUUGUUGUAAUUUCUUCAGAUCCCAGUUUUAAAACAUACCGCUUUUUUAAGUUACUUAUUAAUAGAUAUUUUUAAAAUGAAAGAACAAUUAGUAGUACAUAAAUGAUCAAUAUUUUCCCUACCUAACAUAUUUUGUGCAUAAUAUAAGAACAAAAAAAUGUUUUCUCCUAAUAUGCUUAAUGUGGGUUUAUGAGUUUAUAAAAAAAUACUGCCAAGGUUCCUAUAUCUUUUAUGUUGUUUCCCACACGAGAUGACCCUAAAUGUGGAUUUUAAUAUCAAAAGGUACCUUUUUCACGAUGUGAAUAUAAUAUUUCCUACAUUUGUAUACUUCUGAACGAAUGUGCUUGAAUGUGUUAUUGUAAUAAAUUAUAUCGAUAAAACUAUUCUACUUUUUGUAUAGUCCGCACUUAAAUCAUAAUACGUAAUGAUUGUGCAUACUAAUUUUCCAAUCAAUAUUCUAGCUAAUGGCAUUCAAAUAACUGUUAUUUUCCCUUGUCAAACAAAGCGGUAUGUGUCUCUUUCAUUGUAUCUUCACUUGUUGAUCUCAAUUCCAAACUGUUGGAGUAACGUGUUCUAUAUCUUUGUACAAGACUUUCAAUUAAGCUCAAUAUAUACCUUUGUGAUGUAUUUUUAUAAUAUAGAAUCGUAUUAUUAUAA